CCGGAAGAGAGAGAUGGCGGCGGCAGUGACGGCUUCGAUCGCCGGGUGGCCCUCCGGAGAUCCUAGCCUCGAAUGGGAGUCUCUUCUCUUCAGUGAAAUUGGUGAUCUCUUAGGAGAAGAUGAACUUCAGCUAGAUGUAGAGAAUGAGACCUAUGAAAGCAACCUUGGUGACCUUGACUUCGAUCUAGAUUUGAUGUCUUGGGACUCAGACACAUGGGAUAUCACAAAGCAGACCCCAGCAGAUAUGGAGUGCAAAGCAGAACCUCUCUCACCAGCUGCUUCUACAGAUUCAGUUCCUUCACCUUUAUCUGUGGACUCUCCAGUGCAGCAUGUACCUGAAGGUGUGGAGUUUGGUGGUAGUUCUCACUUAUCCACCGCAUCUUUGUAUGACAAAGGCAGCCCAAAAUCCUCGUUACCUCUAGAACAAACUAAGAAGCCCCUGCCUGAAACUGUGCAUCGUUCAGCAAACGGAUUGUCGGUGACCUCUAAUCGAAAUAAUCCAGCAGCCUCAAAACCUUUAAUUCAGCCCAAGCCUCUGUUGCCUGCCUUCUGUGAGACUCAGCCCAAUCUCCAGGCAAAGGCCAUUGUCAUUCCAGCUCUUCCCACACUCCUGACACUGCCCAAGCAACAGCCAGUUGUUACUAUCCAGCCAGCACCUCCAAAAGGUCAGCCAGUAAUGCUUUCUCAGUCUGCUGUGGUUCAUCUUCAGACAUCUGGAAUCCUUCCUGCCGCGAACACAGCCAUUGCUGUUCCUGGUGGAGUCAAACCACUAACAGGUCACGCCAUCAGGGUAUUACCACAAACAGCAGGAAAGAGUUUGACCAGUAGGAACCUAGCAGAAGCGAAGUCUGUUCUUCACGCCACUUCCCCAAACACAAACAUGGAUAUGAAUGUUCUAAAAAGACAGCAGCGCAUGAUAAAAAACCGGGAAUCAGCCUGUCAGUCACGGAGGAAGAAAAAGGAAUAUAUGCAGAGUUUAGAGGCUAGGCUGAAGGCUGCCUUGUUAGAAAACGAUCAUCUUAAGAGAGAGAAUGGUUCACUGAAGAGACAGCUAGAUGAACUGGCAGUGGAGAAUCAGAACCUCAAAGGCUCCCCUCCAAAAAGAAGAGCAUUCUGUGUAAUGGUGUUCCUUGCUUUUGUAAUGCUAAAUUAUGAUCGGCUAAGUGUGUUUGAAUGGGGGCCUGAUUCUGCUGAACAUCUUGCCAGCACUAGCUACCAAAGUCGACAUCUUCUUGAAUUUUCUGCAAGUAGACCUCAGGAAACGGGUGGCAAAAAUAAUGAUGGAUAUAAGCCAUCUGUUUCGGAUAACAAAGCACUCAUGGUAGUUACUGAGGAGCCAAUAAUAUAUGUAACUCCCCCACCUUGCCAGCCAUUUAUCAACCGGACAGAAUCACUCAGGUUAAGUCAUGAACUACGAGGUUGGGUGCACAGACAUGAAGCAGAAAGAACAAGAUCAAGAAGAAUGUCAAAUAAUCAGCAGCAAAAAGAGCAGGCUGUCCAGAGUGCUUCAGGAAAAAAUGUAAAUUCUGAACUGAUGGCCCUUCCCUAUGCAGGCAACAGUGUUGGUAAGAAUUCAGGAAAUGAGCUACAGGUUUAUUAUGCUUCCCCACGAAAUUACCAAGAUUUUUUUGAUGCAAUUCACAGAAGGGGAGAUACAUUCUAUGUGGUGUCGUUCCGUAGGGAUCACCUGUUGUUACCUGCCACCACGCACAAUAAGACCAGGCGACCAAAGAUGUCAAUAGUAUUACCAGCAAUAAACAUCAGCGAGAAAAUAAUUAACGGGCAAGACUACGAAGUUAUGAUGCAGAUAGACUGUGAAGUAAUGGACACCAGGAUCCUGCAUAUCAAAAGCUCAUCCAUCCCGCCUUACCUUCGAGAACACCAGAGGAACCAUACAACGCCCUUCUAUCAUUCUCCUCCAGCUGUCCCAGAGGCAGCUCCUGCUGUGAGAGCAAUCACCGAAUCACCCCAGUAGGCUCUCAGAAGGAGGCUUUCACAGCAUACCCUGGGACAGCUGACCCAUACGGGUUUGUCGCGGCAGUGUCAGGGGCAGGAUCCAGUCUUAAACAACAGCUCACUGGGUUCACCUUGAGGAUUCUGGAUCUUGGGAUUCUGUCUGCUUUUAGACCUAGCCAAAAAAAAACUUAGAGCCCACUCUGUCUAGAUUAUCUGCCAUCUUUGUAAGGCAAGAUUUAUGGGCCUAAUAACUACACUUUUUAAAAAGAAAUGCUAAAAUUGCAAUGGGUAAAAUAGUGUUAUUGAUGGAAGGAGGUGAGGCUUCUGGGGGGUUAAUUAGUUCCUGGGAGUGGGGGUGGGGCCUAAAUAACACCAGUUUGUCUUUGCCUACCCCCCACUAGAAAUAAAUCUCACUUGCUUGGCAGCUUGCGUAGAAGAUAUUUGGGGGCCACAUAUGGGCAACAGGUUGCCCAUGCCUGCCUCUAAUGGUUUGUAUUGUUCUAUAUUUAAUUUUGGUUUGUCUGUAGAGUGUAUACAUUGAAUUCUUUACUCAGUCUUAUUCUGGGUUCCCUUACUUGCUUCUUUUUACCAGUGGGGAAAGGAGGGAGAAAAUAAGGAACUACAGGCUCUUGUGAUACAUUCACCAAAAUAGAGUUUAAGCCAUUCUUUGCUGCACUAUCUGUUUUUGGUGCUUUUUCAUUAUUUUAUUAGGUCUCUAGACAAACUGCUAUAUCAUACACUGACUUUUCCCAGCACUUUAUUAUGCAACAAAUGCCCAGCCCGGCUGUUUCACAUUUGUUGCAUAAGAUAUAGAUGUUUUGCUGAUACCACCCUUUAACUGUGUGCAAAUUUGUAAAGUAUUGUUUCUGGGAAAAUCUUUCUAGUGCUACUAUAGAAAUUAAAAUUCUGCCAGAAUGUGUCUGAACAGGUUUCAUGGGCACUUAUUGCCUGAGACAUU